UUUUUUUCUUAAAUGCCGAAAAAAAAAAGGAAGGGCCCAACGAAGAACGAACGCACGUGCGCUAAGGGAAACUGCGAAGUCGGUGGGCGAAGGCGUUCUAAAACCUAGGGUUUGCUAUAACAUCGUUUGUUCUUGCGAUUGCUCCCAAGUAUUGGGCAUCCGCAGAGGUGAUCGAUCGCUCGCGAUUCGCGAUCCGAGGCUCUUCGUCUCUCGAGGACAGAUCAGCUUUCCACCUCCUUUAAGCUCGCACCUUAUCCAUUCAUACUAACAGUCAGAUAUGUCUAGCAAGAAGGAAGAGAAAGCGCAGGCUGCAGCCGAGCGAAUCAAGGCUGCCGCCCUGUCGGCAGCCAAGGGCCUCAGCCGAGCUCAAGCUGAGCGAGCCGCUGCGGCUGCGGCCCGGAACGUUAAUGCCUAUGGCCAGAAGGAAGAAGGGCCGAGCAGGUGGCAGGAGAGGAAAGAAGCGAAGCGCCAAAUGUAUCUGAUGAGCACAGAAAAAGCCGUGAGAUUGGGCGAGAGAAAAGACCCAAAAGCCUCUGUGGCUUCUGCUGGUGGGGUUGCUGCUCAAUGCCAGAAGUGCUUCCAGAGUGGCCACUGGACGUAUGAAUGCAAGAAUGAGCGCGUCUACAUGUCGCGCCCCUCAAGAACCCAGCAGCUGAAAAACCCUAAGUUGAAAAUGACUCUCUCUGUCUCAUAUGAGUUGGACAAUCCUGAUAUCGAGGUGGCAAAUGAUGAAAAAGGUGAGAAGAGAGAGAAAGGUGAAAAGGGCAGAGCGAAGAGUAAGAGGAAGCACAGGUCGAGUACCGAUUCAGAGGGUGAAGAUAGUGAAGCUUCUGUUUUCGAAACAGAUAGUGGAUCUUCCGUGACAGGGACGGACUAUUCAUCUGAGAGUAGUUUGAGUUACAGUUCAUCAGAUUCGGAAGAGCGGCGGAAGAGGAGGAAGAAGCAGCAGAAGAAGAAGAAGAAGAGAAGGCACCGGAAAUACAGCUCGUCAUCUGACUCGUCUGAUUCUGAGUCUGCUUCUGAUAGCGACUCUGAUGAUAAAGGGAGUCGCAGGAAGAGCAAAAGGCACGGCCAUAGGCGCUAAACUGAGUCUAAUGCAGUGGUGCUAUGAUGCUCUUGGAUCACUUGUGCUUGCUUUUGUUGGCUGCAGUUCGAUUAUUUCGGAAACCUAUGGUGUUUUUAGGUAGCUAAUGUUGUUACAUUUCCGGUAUUAAAAUUAGCGUGACAGGUUUCUAUUAUGUCCUUGAAAAUGUGCGUUUUAAGCAAUUCAGAUUUGCUAUCAUAGUCCAGUUUUUGUGGAAUUUGUAGCUGUUGAAGUUCUUUUGUGACUGAUAUGCUUUAAUUUUAGCCUGAAAGCACUCGCUAAAUGUUUUACUUGGUUA